GAGAGAGAACAGAUAAUGACCACCAACUGCUGGCUCACACAGAUAUGGAACGAUUACAGGUUAAUAUGGGAUCCUGACGAGUAUGAGGGCAUCAGAAAAAUUCGUCUUCCAUCUCAACACAUCUGGUUACCGGAUAUUGUCCUGUACAACAAUGCUGACGGGACAUACGAGGUGUCCUUCUACUCUAACGCGGUGGUGACGUACAACGGCGAGGUGGCCUGGCUGCCCCCGGCCAUCUACAAGAGCGCCUGCAAGAUCGAGGUGCGCGACUUCCCCUUCGACCAGCAGAACUGCACGCUCAAGUUCCGCUCCUGGACCUACGACCACACGGAGAUCGACCUGGUGCUCAUGUCCGACUUCGCCAGCCGCGACGACUUCAAGCCGAGCGGCGAGUGGGACAUCGUCUCGCUGCCCGGCCGCAAGAACGAGGACCCCAACGACGACACCUACCUGGACAUCACCUACGACUUCAUCAUCAAGCGCAAGCCGCUCUUCUACACCAUCAACCUCAUCAUCCCCUGCGUGCUCAUCACCUCGCUGGCCAUCCUCGUCUUCUACCUGCCGUCGGACUGCGGCGAGAAGAUCACCUUGUGCAUCUCCGUGCUGCUGGCGCUCACCGUCUUCCUGCUGCUGAUCUCGAAAAUUGUGCCGCCCACCUCCCUGGCCGUGCCGCUGAUCGGCAAGUACCUGAUGUUCACCAUGGUGCUGGUCACCUUCUCCAUCGUGACCAGCGUGUGCGUGCUCAACGUGCACCACCGCUCGCCCAGCACGCACACCAUGCCGCCGUGGGUCAAGCGCCUCUUCCUGGUGCGGCUGCCCGCCUUCCUGUUCAUGCGGCGGCCCGGCGGCAGCUCCAACGUGCGCGAGCGCUUCCGCCACCGCCACCGCAAGUGCUCCUUCUCCGAGCCCAAGGCGGGCGAGGCCGGCGGCGGUCAGGGCGGCUCCGGGGGAGGCGGGGGGUCCGGCGGCAGCGGCGGCGGCGGCGGCGACUCGGCCUCCACGUUCUUCGUGAACGAGGACUCGGCCAAGCGCUACGGCUGGCACUCGGGCGACCUGCCGGAGAGCGGCGCCGGCGCGGCUAGCGGGACGGAGUUCCGCCGCCGCAUGACCCUGCGCUGCAACGUGGACGUGCAGGAGGCCGUGGACGGCGUGCGCUACAUCGCCGAGAAGAUGAAGACCGAGGAUGACGAUGAAGGGAUCAUCGAGGACUGGAAGUAUGUGGCCAUGGUGAUCGACAGGCUGUUCCUGUGGGUGUUUGUGCUGGUGUGUGUGACCGGCACGAUAGGACUGUUCAUGCAGCCGCUGUUCCAGAGCCUGAACACGCCCACGGUGGACAACGGCGAGUGAGCGGGGACAAAGUUAGCCCUCUCUUCACGAGC